CGUCUCUGUCAUGUAUCUCGAGGCGAAGCGCGCAGGGUUCAGCCGAGGGAUGAACCUGAAGACGGAGCGGAAACGGGCGCUUAGCCAGCAAACGCGAAUCCAGGCAACAGCCCCGGAGCCUCGCGAUGCUCCGCAGAAAUCGCCAGCACCAGCACCAGCAGCACCACCACCUGUCCGGCGGAGCUCGUCAACAGGGCUUUCGGACAUCCUGGGCAGCAGCCUUUCGCUCGGCUUCACAGACUUGGAGCCCGUGCGCAGCCGGAAGCGUUCGAAGCCUGCGGGGCGGGACUUGACGGUGCGGCAGAGGCAGGGCAAGAAAUAUGGGCCGAAAGGCGGCCCAAAGACUCGGCCUUCGCAACCGCGUGCUGUCGGCGCGGUCAUGGAGAGCGUCACGGUAGGAGGGCACACGUUGCGCUGGCGCACCACAGAUCGCACGAACGCGUCGGGUCGCGGCCUCCAGUCGCACGCCCCAGCGGAUCUGCGCAGUCUGUGGCCACGCAGAAGGCGAAGUGCCGAGGAGCGGGCUGCGGAGCUCGAACCCGAGCAGAUUGCGCAGCACUGCAGCGUGCUCUUCGGCGCCGGCCAGGCCGAUCGGCUGCCUGAACCGCUGCUUGGCCUCAUACAGGAGGAGUUGCGCAGCGGCAGGCGCAGUUUGACAUCGGUCCGCUGUGUGGCCAAACCGCAAACGCGAAAGCGAGCGAGCGCCUCUGCUGAGCGGUCUCUGACGACUGACCGACAGGACGUGACAGGUGCCACGCAGGCGGUGCCAAUAAACACUGUUGUGGGUUGGCUAAUGGGGUUUACUACAUACUACGGUGAAGAUC